GGGUCUCGUUCCUAAAAGUUGAACUGUUUUAACUCGAAAACGCUGGUUAUUGCGAAAAUCGGUUAAAGGUAGCGAGACGCGAUGCAACAGUCAACGACGAGAAUAUGAUGCUUUUUUCUUUCUUUCUUUCUUUCUUUCUUUUUUUUUACGGAGACAAAGGAUUAAAUGAAAUUGCACAGACGGAACGCAAAAACGGUAACGUCCUCUUAGGCAGCUGCAUGUAUGUUUAGCUUUGUCUUCUCCGGAUCGCGUACGGAUUCCAUCUCUCCGCGCGCGUGCUCGCUCUCUGGAACGAGCGAACAAGCUAGCUAGCGAGAGCGCGCGCGGGGGUGUCCCUCCUCCGCAGUUUUGAGUUUGUGAUGUGUUUCAGACUCCGCGAGCGCCGCGCGAGAGAGACCUGCGGAGAGAACGCGCCGGACCCCGAAGCAACCGUUACCCUCCAACAGGCGAUCUGCAUUUCUCCUUCCUGAUUCCCCCCUUAUUCCCUCACAGUGUUUCUCACACUAGCGCUUUCCUAAAUUGCCGCCACACUUUUUGGUUAUUCACAGGUGUAUUUGUGCUCCUUUGACGUACUUUUCUCAUUCACUGGGAAUUAACAUACAUCUGAGGAUCGUGUGGAUGCACGGUUUUGGAGAGAAGCGGAGAUGGAAUUGCUGAUAAUAUGCCUUUCUUUUGGGAUAUUGCAAUGCAGUUCGGUGGGAGCCGACUCCAUCAUUCACAUCGGUGCCAUUUUUGAGGAGAACGCAGCACGGGAUGAUGAGGUGUUUCAGUUGGCGAUCUCUGACCUCAGCCUCAACGAUGACAUUUUGCAGAGCGAGAAAAUCACCCACUCCAUAAAAUAUAUUGAACCCAACAACCCCUUUCAGGCAGUCCAGGAAGCAUGCGAACUUAUGACGCAAGGGAUCCUGGCUUUGGUCACAUCUACAGGCUGUGCCUCGGCCAGUGCUCUACAGUCCCUGACCGAUGCCAUGCACAUACCACACCUUUAUGUCCAGCGAAACACUGAAGGAUCACCCCGGACCGCAUGCCAACUCAAUCCAAGUCCUGAUGGAGAGCGUUACACCCUUGCAUCUCGACCGCCUGUCCGUCUAAGUGAUGUCAUGUUGACGCUAGUUGGUGAGCUGCGCUGGCAGAAGUUCAUCGUCUUCUAUGAUAGUGACUAUGAUAUCCGUGGACUGCAGGUCUUUCUGGACCAGACAUCAAGACAAGGUUUGGAUGUAUCUCUGCAGCGAGUGGAUAGGAACAUCAGCGGCGUGUUUUCCAGUUUGUUCACCUCCAUGCGCACAGAGGAACUCAACCGCUACAGGGACACUCUCAGAAGAGCUAUCCUGCUUUUGAGCCCACGUGGAGCCCAGGUCUUCAUCCAUCAGGCUGUGGAGACUAACCUGGCCUCAAAAGACAGUCACUGGGUGUUUGUGAAUGAGGAGAUCAGUGAUGCUGAGAUUAUGGAGUUGGCCCACAGUUCCUUGGGAAGGAUGACCGUCGUCAGGCAGAUUUUCCCCCUCUGGAGAGACAGCAGUGUGAGCUGUAUGAGGAACAACCACCGCAUCUCCUCACUGCUUUGCGACCCUCAGGAGGGCUACCUGCAGUCACUGGAGGUGUCCAAUCUGUACCUUUAUGACAGUGUGUUGAUGUUGGCCAACGCAUUCUAUCGGAAAUUAGAAGACCGGAAGUGGCACAGCAUGGCCAGCCUCAACUGCAUCAGAAAGUCAACCAAGCCCUGGAAUGGAGGCUGGUCCAUGCUGGAGACGAUCCAAAAGGGCCAUAUAACUGGUCUUACUGGAAUUAUGGACUUCAUGGACAAUGGAUCAAAUUCCCACGUUCAGUUUGAGAUUUUGGGAACCAGCUUCAGCGAGACGUUUGGAAAAGACAUAAAGCGCUUGGCUACAUGGGAUUCUGUCCAUGGCCUCAAUGGAAGUCUAAAGGAGAGUCGUAUUGAGAAUGGCAUGCAGGGGGUUACUGUGAAAGUAGUGACGUUGUUGGAGGAUCCGUUUGUGAUGGUGGCAGAGAACAUCCUCGGACAGCCCAAACGAUAUAAAGGGUUCUCGAUUGAUGUGCUGGACGCUUUAGCCAAGAUCCUAGGAUUCAAGUAUGAUAUCUACCAGGUGUCAGACAGCAAAUAUGGUUCUCAGCUGACCAAUGGCACUUGGAAUGGAAUGAUUGGGGAACUCAUAAAUAAGAGAGCUGAUUUGGCAGUUUCUGCCAUUACUAUAACACCGGAGCGAGAGAACGUUGUGGACUUCAGCAAACGCUACAUGGAUUACUCUGUAGGGAUCCUACAUCGCAAACCCGAGGAAAAGAUCAACAUUUUUUCCCUGUUUGCCCCUUUUGAUUUGGCUGUGUGGGCCUGUAUCGCAGCUGCCAUUCCUGUGGUGGGCGUUUUGAUCUUCCUGCUGACACGGAUGCAGAUGCUCCGCUCCCAGAAUCCUCCAGGAGCCCAUCACGCUUCAUCCAUGUUUAACUCAUUGCAUAGUGCUAUAUGGAUUGUCUAUGGAGCCUUUGUACAACAAGGUGGAGAUUCUGUGGUGGGGUCUGUGGCAUUGAGGAUAGUUAUGGGCAGUUGGUGGUUGUUCACGUUGAUUGUGUGUUCGUCUUACACUGCUAACCUGGCUGCGUUCCUAACUGUGUCCCGCAUGGACAACACUAUAAGGUAAACUGCCAUUUCACAAAUAGUUUACCACCCAAUGCGCCA